AUGCCAUUGUCAGCAAAAUUCAGACGCGAAAUGUUAACAGCAAUGAAAACAGCAAAGAAAAAGAAGGAACAAAAUGGAUCUGAUGAAACAGAAGAAAUUGAUACCGAUAUUGUUAGAAACGAAUCGAUUCUAUCAAAACCAGUUGACUCUGCGCAGCCCCUAGCUAUAGAAGAAACAUCUAACGAAAAGAACAUAGAGUCAACGAAAAAGUGA